AUGGCACAAAGCAGUUGUUGUUUCUACACAGUGUUAGAACAGAAAGUUGAGAUAGAGCAGCUGACACAUCAGCAAGAGAUGGAGAGAUCAAAAGUUGAACAUAAAAUGGAGAUGGAGAAGAGAUCAGAGGAAGAAAAACGUAGAAAAUGGGAGGUGGAGAAAAAAGGACAGUUACAGGCAACUAACAUGCAGGAUCAACAACAGCUUGACUAUUACAAGAAUCUUCAUGGUCUAGGUGUGGAUCUAAAUCAGUAUGUUCAAUCUCUGACACCAAGACCAGAGAAGGUUACCCGCAUUGUUGCCGCCGACAACUCAACCAACUUGCACCUCCAUCAUUCUUAAAAUUAUUUAGAUUGGUUGACAUUCAUAUGAUGGUUUUAUUGACUAAGGCCGCGGACUGCUAAUUUAUAAGAUAAAACAAACACCAGAUAUGUCGGUGAUACCAAAUGUAUGUACAUCUGAUCCUGGUAUGACAACACCAUCAUUUGUGCAGUACAAUGUUUCAAUUAACCAGAAAUGCAUUAAAGUAUUUGUGCUGACAGCAGUCAAAAGUUAGCGUUAAAGUAUUUGUGCUGACAGCAGUCAAAAGUUAGCAUUAAAGUAUUUGUGCUGACAGCAGUCAAAAGUUAGCAUUAAAGUAUUUGUGCUGACAGCAGUCAAAAGUUAGCAUUAAAGUAUUUGUGCUGACAGCAGUCAAAAGUUAGCAUUAAAGUAUUUGUGCUGACAGCAGUCAUAAAGUUAGCAUUAAAAAUGUGAAAAUACACAUGCUUAGUACCUGUACAUUUUUUUGAUGGUCUUAGAAAAAACAAAAAUCAAGUUUCUUAUAGCACAAGUAUGUUGGUCAUUACAGAAAGGAAGCAAUUGUCACAAUUACCAAAUUUACCAUCUUGUUUAACCCUUACCAUGCUAAAUUUCUAUAAUGGACUGGUCCAUCUUCCAAUUUGGGCAGUACCAUUUAUCAUUUGAAGGGGUGUUUACUAAAAAUUUACUGACUGAAUAGCGAACAGUGCAGACCAUGAUCCGACUGCACGGAUGUGCAGGCUGAUCUUGGUCUACACUGGUCGCAAAGGCAGAAUCAUUUGCCGCCAGCAGGCUAAGUGUUAAGUAUUUAUGAUGUGGGUGGGGAAAACAAUUUUUUUUUAUUAUUUUGAAUUGCAGUAUCAUUCAAGUUUUAAUGUACUAGCAUUAUUGAUGUAAAGUAAUUACCGUAAUAUACGUUAUACACUACAUAUCACAGGUGAACUGGCAUUAAAAACAUUUGUAUACUCAUGUAAAUAUAUCGUCUUCAGCUGUAAUAUUGUAGAUUUUCUUUAUCUGAUUCAGAAGACUACAAAUGUUAAAUCAUUGGCACAGCCUCCAUUCUGCAUGUGCACAAUUAAAAUUUUGUCCCGGUGGGCAUGUUUGAGAGGCAACCAGUCAAAACUACACCCGAUUCCCUGGUUCAAGUGCUGCAUGGACUUUCAGAACAUUUGAAGGGGAGACACUCGUUUGUGCCUAAAAUUUAUGAGUAGAAAUACGUUUGAAAAUUGAUGAUUUGAGUAGUCGUUGUAAAUAAAUUACCUACUGUUCUCAGACGAUUUUAGAUUUAUUUUACUUACUUUGCAUGUGCAAUAUGUAUGUUAUAAUUUACCUUAUUAGCUCACCUGUCACAAAGUGACAAGGUGAGCUUUUGUGAUCGCGCGGUGUCCGUCGUCCGUGCGUGCGUCCGUCCGUCCGUAAACUUUUGCUUGUGACCACUCUAGAGGUCACAUUUUUCAUUGGAUCUUUAUGAAAGUUGGUCAGAAUGUUCAUCUUGAUGAUAUCUAGGUCAAGUUCGAAACUGGGUCACGUACCUUCAAAAACUAGGUCAGUAGGUCUAAAAAUAGAAAAACCUUGUGACCUCUCUAGAGGCCAUAUAUUUCACAAGAUCUUCAUGAAAAUUGGUCAGAAUAUUGAUCUUGAUGAUAUCUAGGUCAAGUUCGAAACUGGGUCACUUGCCAUCAAAAACUAGGUCAGUAGGUCUAAAAAUAGAAAAACCUUGUGACCUCUCUAGAGGCCAUAUAUUUCAAAAGAUCUUAAUGAAAAUUGGUCAGAACGUUCACCUUGAUGAUAUCUAGGUCAAGUUUAAAACUGGGUCACGUGCCGACAAAAACUAGGUCAGUAGGUCAAAUAACAGAAAAACCUUGUGACCUCUCUAAAGGCCAUAUUUUUCAUGGGAUCUGUAUGAAAGAUGGUCUGAAUGUUCAUCUUGAUGUAAUCUAGGUCAAGUUUGAAACUGGGUCACGUGCGGUCAAAAACUAGGUCAGUAGGUCUAAAAAUAGAAAAACCUUGUGACCUCUCUAGAGGCCAUAUAUUUCAUGAGAUCUUCAUAAAAAAUGGUCAGAAUGUUCACCUUGAUGAUAUCUAGGUCAAGUUCGAAAGUGGGUCACGUGCCUUCAAAAACUAGGUCAGUAGGUCAAAUAAAAGAAAAACCUUGUGACCUCUCUAGAGGCCAUAUUUUUCAUGGGAUCUGUAUGAAAGUUGGUCUGAAUGUUCAUCUUGAUGAUAUCUAGGUCAAGUUCGAAAGUAGAUCACGUGCCAUUAAAAACUAGGUCAGUAGGUCAAAUAAUAGAAAAACCUUGUGACCUCUCUAAAGACCAUAUUUUUCAUGGGAUCUGUAUGAAAAUUGGUCUGAAUGUUCAUCUUGUUGAUAUCUAGGUCAAGUUCGAAAUAGGGUCAUGUGCGGACAAAAACUAGGUCAGCAGGUCUAAAAAUAGAAAAACCUUGUGACCUCUCUAGAGGCCAUACUUGUGAAUGGAUCUCCAUAAAAAUUGGUCAGGAUGUUCACCUUGAUGAUAUCUAGGUCAAAUUUGAAACUGGGUUACGUGAGGUUAAAAACUAGGUCAGUAGGUCAAAUAAUAGAAAAACCUUGUGACCUCUCUAGAGGCCACAUUUUUCGUGGGAUCUGUAUGAAAGUUGGUCUGAAUGUUCAUCUUGAUGAUAUCUAGGUCAGGUUUGAAACUGGGUCAACUACGGUCAAAAACUAGGUCAGUAGGUCUAAAAUUGUUUAAAUCUUUUGACCACUCUAGAGGCCAUAUUUUUCAGUGGAUCUUCAUGAAAAUUGAUCUGAAUGUUCACCUUGAUGAUAUCUAGGUCAGUUUCGAAACUGGGUCACGUGCGGUCAAAAACUAGGCCAGUAGGUAUAAAAAUAGAAAAACCUUGUGACCUCCCUAGAGGCCAUAUUUUUCAUGAGAUCUUCAUGAAAAUUAGUGAGAAUGUUCACCUUGAUGAUAUCUAGGUAAAGUUCAAAACAGGGUCACCUACCUUCGAAAACUAGGUCAAUAGGUCAAAUAAUAGAAAAACCUUGUGACCUUUGUAGAGACCAUAUUUUUCAAUGGAUCUUCAUGAAAAUUGGUCAGAAUUUUUAUCUUGAUAAUAUGUAGGUCAAGUUCAAAACUGGGUCACAUGAGCUCAAAAACUAGGUCACUAUGUCAAAUAAUGACGUCAUACUCAAAACUGGGUCAUGUGGGAAGAGGUGAGCGAUUCAGGACCAUCAUGGUCCUCUUGUUAUAAUAGUACUUAGUUGUAUUACUAGUAUUCGUAUGUUUUCUAAUGUAUUUCUUAGGAAUAAUGUUAUUUUUCCUUUUUAUAUAUAUAUAUCCGUCAGAGAUUUUGUAUUUUUUAAUUAAUAUAAGCGCCCAACUCUGGAUUUAUUCAAAAUUGCAUAUAAAGAUUUUUUAGUACGACUGUGUUUCAGGUUAUUUAUGAAAUAAAAUUUGUGAUGUACAAUCUGGGGCAUGCCUGUUUUAAGAAGUGUCUUGUAAAACAUAAGCUUAAAUUUUAGCUUUUGAAAGAAUGGCAUGGAACUAUAGGUAAAAUCCAGCAGACGGGUUUUAAAGCAGAUUUAAACCAGACUACUUCUGUUAUAUAAGACCUGCAUUUUAUCACAAUGAUUAAAAUUUAAUGUAAAGCGAAUUCCAGAUAUUUAUGUUGUUUAACUUGUAUUUCUUUACAUUUGUGUAGAUCACAUUACGUAAUUGUUACAUUUACUUAAUAAAUUUCUUUUUAAGUCUAGAA